UGGUCGGCUGUACAAAAGUCUUCAUUUGUGUAACCUGCAAGCCCAAAGAGAUCAAUCCCCUACUUUCAAACACCCUCAUUCCAUUCCGCAACCAGCAUGUCGAAGCCAUUGAAGGUCGGCGACAAGUUCCCAGACGACGUCAAGUUCGACUGGGCGCCAAUUACCGACCCAGAUCCUACUGUCUGUGGUCUUCCACAGACAUACAAUGCGUCUAAAGAGUUCGCCGGCAAGAAAGUUGUGCUGGUCUCGGUGCCCGGUGCCUUCACUCCUGGCUGCCAAGCAUAUCAUCUUCCGCCAUAUAUCAAAAGCCUCGAUGAACUGAAGGCCAAGGGCGUGGAUCUCGUGGUAUUCAUUGCCAGUAAUGAUGUCUUCGUGAUGAAUGCAUGGGGCAAGGUGAACAAAGUCACUCCGGACCAUGAUAUACUGUUCAUGAGCGACACGAAAUCUUUCUUCUCCAAGAAUUAUGGCUGGGAUGCUGGGGUUGGGGACAGGAAUGGACGAUGGGCCAUGGUCAUCGAGAAAGAUGGCACAAUCAGCUAUGCCGAAGCCGAGAGUGGACCAGGCAAGGUCACAGUAUCUGGAGUAGAGGCAGUCCUGUCGAAAUUGUAGAUACGAACACUGGUUCACCUCUGCCCAGGUGGCAUAGAUGCCAAAUAGAGCAAGGAAAUUGAGUAGGUACAAUCACCAAAAGAUCUUGGAGAGACAAUGUCCAAUUCUUAAAGGCGUGACUUC